AUGGAGAGACGAAAGGCGACGUUCGUCGUGGCUGUGCUCUUCUUGGUGGUCCUUGCCGCUGUACCCGCAGUUGCCGGGUUUAUCAAGCGAGACGGGAUGGGGUUCGUGGACUCUGCCACCAGCCAGCCGUUCCGCUUCGGCGGCACCAACAACUACUACCUCCACUACAAACCAAAGCAGAUGGUGAACCACCUGUUCGGCAAUGCGUCGGCCUACGGGUUCAACGUGGUGCGCGUGUGGGGCUUCACCGACGUGGGCAACGCCGACGGGUCCAACUCGGUCGACGGCAUCAAGGAGGGCGUGUUCUUCCACUUCUGGGACGGCACCAAGCCGGCCUUCAACGACGGCCCCAACGGCCUCCAGCGCCUCGACCUCGUCAUCGCCCGCGCCGCGGCGUACGACGUGAAGGUGAUCGUGGUGCUGACCAACAACUGGAAAGAGUUCGGCGGAAUGGACCAGUACGUGCGGUGGCGCAACGGCGGCGGCGGCGGGCACCACGACGACUUCUACACGGACGCGACGAUCCGCGGGUGGUACCAGGCCUGGGUGGCGCACGUGCUCAACCGGCGCAACGUCUACACGGGCCGGCUGUACAAGGACGAGCCGGCCAUCUUCGCUUGGGAGCUGGCCAACGAGCUCCGCUGCCAGGGCUCCGGCGACUAUGGGACGUCGAGUGCCUGCAACUACGGGGCGGGUGCGGCGAUAAUCACGCGCUGGGUGGCGGAGAUGAGCGCCUACGUGAAGAGCAUCGACCCCAACCACAUGGUGGCCGUCGGCGACGAAGGCUUCGGCUGCUUCGACGGCAAUUCCGUGGGGUGGGACUGGACGAUGGACUGCUAUGCGGGCGUGGACUCGCUCGGCUUCGGGCGGCUGAGCUCGAUCGACUUCCUCACGGCGCACCUGUACCCGUCGUCGUGGAGCAAGAGCGUCCAGUGGGCCGACGGCUGGAUCCAGACCCACAGUCAGUGGGCGCACCAGGUCGGCAAGCCCGUCGUCAUGGAGGAGUUCGGCAUCACCUACGACCAGGUGAACAUUUACACUCAGUGGACCAACGCGAUGUACAACGCCAAGUACAACGGGUGGAGCUUCUGGAUGCUGGUGACGGACAACUACCCCAACUACGAUGGGUUCGCCAUCAGCUGCGGCUCCGACGCGUGCCGCCUGCUCGCUCGGCAGGCCCAACGCCUCUCCGCCCUCCCCUGA